AUGUCGGCGGUGUCUGUGUACCCCAUGUGUGUCCGGGCGAGCCGGGGCCUCCUGAGGUUGGGCAACGGAAUCAGAGGUGGUCCAGGCUCCGCGCUGUUAUCCUUGACUCGGGCACUGUCAACGAACCCAUCGACAGGAGGAGAGACUACUGGCACUGGUGGACUAGCUCAAGCGAUACUGCAGGAAAGGCUACUACAGCAGCAAAAGAGUCAAGGCCAGCCCCCUACAGAGGGGGAGGGAGAUGGGGACCCUAACCAGAAACAGCAAGAGGGCGAGGAUAAGAAACAGAAAGAGAACACAGCCUACGCCAAGAAGAUGGUACUCAGACUAGCCGGCGUCAUGGGGCUCGGCAGUGCAGUCGGCAUCGUGUACAUAUUCGGUAGCAAUUCAGUUGAUGAACAAGGAAACAAGAUUCCAGAUGAGUUUGAUAAUGAUGUUCCAGUUAUCCAGCAGCUCAAGAGGACUUUCAAAUAUUUCCAAGACUACAGACAGAUGAUCAUUGAACCCACGAGCCCCAAACUCCUCCCCGACCCCCUGAAGGAGCCCUACUACCAGCCCCCCUACACCCUGGUCCUGGAGCUGACCGACGUCCUGCUGCAUCCAGAGUGGUCGUUGGCGACAGGCUGGCGCUUCAAGAAGAGGCCUGGCAUCGACUACCUGUUCCAGCAGCUGGCACCCCUGUACGAGAUAGUCAUCUUUACGGCCGAGACGGGCAUGACGGCCUACCCCCUGAUCGACAGCAUCGACCCUCAGGGCUUCGUCAUGUACCGCCUCUUCAGAGAUGCCACCCGCUACAUGGAGGGACACCACGUCAAGGACGUGUCCUGUCUGAACCGGGACACCUCCAAGGUGAUCGUGGUGGACUGCAAACGCGAGGCCUUCAGCCUGCAGCCCUUCAACGGGAUGGCCCUGCGCAAGUGGGACGGCAACUCCGAGGACCGGACGCUGUACGACCUGGCCGCCUUCCUUAAGACCAUUGCCAUCAGCGGGGUCGAGGACGUGCGCACCGUCCUGGAGAACUACGCCCACGAGGACGACCCCAUCGAGGCCUUCAAACGCAGACAAGCGCAGCUGGCUCAGGAGGAGGAGCAGCGGCUGGCCGAGCUCGCCAAGCAGAAGAAGCAGAGCUUGUCGCUGGGCUCCAUCGCCGGCAGGUUCUGGUCCCGCUCCAAGUAGCAGUGAGCCGCCCUCGCGCUCGCAGCCACCAAUCACAGCCCUUCCCUGCCGAGGCAGCCGGCGAAUGGGACGGGGACGGGGCCGGAAGGGCCUGGGGGAGGCCGGACACAA